CCCCAGGGGCUCUCUCUAGAAAGAGCUCCUCCCCCUCCAGGUAAAGCCUCUCUCUCCCGGCAGGGCCCCCAGUCUCCUCAGUGCACGUGCACACGUCCCCACACCCCAUAGCCCACAGCGCACACAGGGCACCCUGGAGAGACACUCACUCUCCAUCCCAGCCCCUGCCUGCUCACCUCCGCUUCAGCUGCUGCUGAGUCCUAGACCCGCUCCCCUGAACCACGUCCCCGUAACUUGCCAGCGCCCGAAGGGAGAAGACAUGGGGCCUCCUCCACCCAAGGCCAGGGGACUCUGGAUCCAACUCCAGAAACUUCUGACCUCCUGGCUGGCGGGACAGCAAGACUGGGCUCAGCAUCUGGACGAGGCAUACAUGCUGCAACAGAAGAGGAUUCGAGAGUCUCCUCUGCUUCGGGCAGCCAAGGACAAUGACCUGUGUGUCCUGAAGAAACUUCUGCUGGACCGAACCUGUGACUUUCGGCAACGAGGAGCUCUGGGGGAGACAGCGCUGCACAUAGCGGCCCUCUAUGACAAUCUCGAGGCCGCCAUGGUGCUGAUGGAGGCUGCCCCGGAGCUGGUCAAGGAGCCCACCAUCUGUGAGCCGUUUGUAGGUGAGGAGCCUGAACGGUUUUUCAAGGUGGACACAGGUCAGACGGCACUGCACAUAGCCGUCAUGAACCAGAACGUGAACUUGGUGAAAGCCCUGCUCGCCCAUGGGGCCAGUGUCUCUGCAAGGGCGGUAGGCUCAGCCUUCUGCCUCAGUCCCCACAACCUCCUCUACUUUGGGGAGCACCCUUUGUCCUUUGCGGCCUGCAUGGGCAGCGAGGAGAUCGUGAGGCUGCUCAUAGAGCACGGCGCUGACAUCCGGGCCCAGGACUCCCUGGGAAACACAGUGCUGCACAUCCUCGUCCUGCAGCCCAACAAAACCUUUGCCUGCCAGAUGUACAACCUGCUGCUGUCCUACGAUGGGCGUGGGGACCACCUGCAGUCCCUGGACCUCAUGCUCAAUCACCAGGGUCUCACCCCCUUCAAGCUGGCUGGAGUGGAGGGCAACACCAUGAUGUUCCAGCACCUGAUGCAGAAGCGGAAGCACAUCCAGUGGAUGUGCGGGCCGCUGACCUCCACUCUCUACGACCUCACGGAGAUCGACUCCUGGGGAGAGGACGUGUCAUUUCUAGAGCUUGUGGUCUCCUCCAAGAAGCGAGAGGCUCGCCAGAUCCUGGAACAGACCCCGGUGAAACAGCUGGUGAGCUUCAAGUGGAGGAAGUAUGGGCGGCCAUACUUCUGCAUCCUGGGGGCCUUGUACGUGCUCUAUAUGAUCUGCUUCACCAUGUGCUGCAUCCAUCGCCCUCUCAAGUCCCGUAGUGGCAACCGCACCAACUCCCGAGACAUCACCAUCCUCCAGCAGAAGCUGCUCCAGGAGGCCUAUGUGACUCAGCAGGAUAAAAUCCGGCUGGUGGGGGAGCUGAUGACCAUCUUCGGGGCUGUGAUCAUCCUAUUCCUAGAGAUCCCGGAUAUCUUCAGGGUUGGUUUCUCUCGCUAUUUUGGGCAGACUGUCCUCGGGGGGCCGUUCCAUGUCAUCACCAUCACCUAUGCCUCGCUGGUGCUGGUGACCAUGGUGAUGCGGCUUUCCAACACUAACGGGGAGGUGGUGCCUAUGUCCUUCGCCCUGGUGCUGGGCUGGUGCAGUGUUAUGUACUUUGCUCGAGGAUUCCAGAUGCUAGGUCCCUUCACCAUCAUGAUCCAGAAGAUGAUUUUCGGAGACCUGCUGCGUUUCUGCUGGCUGAUGGCUGUGGUUAUUGUGGGAUUUGCCUCAGCGUUCUUUAUCAUUUUCCAGACAGAGGACCCAUCCAACCUGGGGCAAUUCUAUGACUAUCCCAUGGCGCUGUUCAGCACCUUUGAGCUUUUCCUCACCAUCAUCGAUGGGCCUGCCAACUACGAUGUGAACUUGCCCUACAUGUUCAGCAUCGUCUACUUUGCCUUUGCCAUCAUCGCCACACUGCUUAUGCUCAACCUGUUCAUCGCCAUGAUGGGCGACACACACUGGCGGGUGGCCCAUGAACAGGACGAGCUCUGGAGGGCCCAGGUCGUGGCCACCACGGUGAUGCUGGAGAGGAAGAUGCCUCGCACCCUGUGGCCUCGCUCCGGCGUCUGUGGGUACAAGUACGGGCUGGGGGACCGCUGGUUCCUGCGAGUUGAGACCAACCAAGAUCAGAAUGCUUUGCGAGUACGUCGCUAUGUGGAAGCUUUCAAGGGCUCAGACAAGGAGGAAGAACAUGAGCAUCUUUCUGAGAAACAGCCCUCUGUGGUUGAAAGUGGGAUUCUAACCAGAGCCUCCCUGGCCCUCCCGACACCCUCCCUGUCCCGGACCACAUCUCGAAGCAGCAGCAGUCACCGAGGCUGGGAGAUCAUUCGUCGCAACACCCUGGGACACUUGAAUCUUGGACUGGACCUUGGGGAGGGGGAUGGAGAGGAAAGUGUCUAUCACAUAUGAUUAGGACCCCUGUUACUCUCCUCCCGACUCCAGGUAGGCCUGCGGGGGGCAGAGAGAGAGACACUGCCUAUGCAAGCAUCUGACCUUCAUGCCCAUUAAUCCUGGGAGGGUGGACAGAAUAAUUCUUAAAGGCCAUCCAUGCCUUGCCCUUCACAUCAGCAUCUAGGGAUGAGCAAAGGGCCCCACAUAUCUUCUGUCUUCUUGGAAGUCCCACAUCUUGGGAAAAGAGGGUAUCUUUUCAAGCAAAGUUAGACUUGGCAACUAAAGACACGAGGUAGGGGUGCUAGGCCAAUGACUGGGUCAUCUCCCUUUCUACCCCAUGAGGCACUAGAUUGUAAGCUGUGAAUCCUCCCUGGUUCCACAGGGCUUCAUGUGGGAAGAGCCAGGCAUGGCAUUGAGGUUGUAGCCUCUUGCCUCUUCUUGUACCCCGUAGGACUCUCUCCCCACCUACCAACCAAACCCCAACUAGAAAACUGCAAGAAAAAAGGUUCUUUAUCCUUCCUUUAUUUAAAAAAAAUGCACUGUGGUAUACAUAACAUAAAAUUUACUAUUUUAACCAUUUUUAGGUGUACCAUUCAGUGGCAUUCACAUUGUACAUUCACAUUGUUGGGCAACCAUCACCACUGUUCAUCUAGGGAAUUUUUUAAACUGAAACUCUUGUACCCAUUAAACAUUAACUCCCCAUUAUCCCCUCCCCAUGGUCCCUGAUAACCAAUAUUCUACUUUCUGUCUAUGAAUUUAACUACUCUAGUUACCUCAUAUAAGUGGAAUCAUCCAAUAUUAGUCCUACUGUGCCUGGCUUAUUUGAUGUAGCAUAAUGUUUUCAAGAUUCAUCCAUGCUGUAGCAUGAGUCAGAAUUUCAUUCCUUUUAAAGGUCAAAUAACAUUUCAUUGUAUGUAUAUUCCACGUUGUGUUUAUCCAUUCAUCCACUGAUGGACGAUUGGGUUGCUUCCACCUUUGGCUAUUGUAAUGCUGCUAUGAACAUUGGUAUACAAUUAUCUGUUCAA